CCUGGAUAAGAUCUGUUAUUGUAUCUCAGUCUUUUCUGAGCCUCUCUAAUCUUCCAUAUAUAUGUUGGCUUACUGCUGAGCCCUGUGGACUGCUGGAUGCUGGAACUUAUAGCCUGCUCCUUGAUUGUUUGUGAUCUUCUUGGAUCUUGAGUCGAUGGGUAGUUCCUAGAAGUCUGGUGGCUAGAAAAGACAGAGAGCUUCUGGAGUCUGGGGAUCUGCGUACCUUUAGCCAUGAACAUCAUAGGGAGUUACCAGCAUCAUCACCACAUGAUGCCAGAACCUUAUAUAUUCGCCCCUGGCUCUAGAUGUCACCAGGACAGACCUUUCUUCCAAGGAUGGGUCCUAAAUCCAGGAGAAGUCUCCCCAUCCGAAUUCGCCAACCAGCCGCCAUAUAGUCCUGAUUAUGGCAAUGUGGGUCCUGCCCAGAGCAGCAGUAGCAGCCGCUUGGAGGCUCUAGGUGGUCGACUGGCUAGAAGGAAAGGAGUCCCCCCCAAAAAAGAAAGGAGAAGGACAGAGAGUAUUAACAGUGCGUUUUCAGAGCUUAGAGAAUGUAUCCCCAAUGUGCCAGCCGAUACCAAGCUCUCCAAGAUAAAGACCCUCAGGCUAGCCACCAGCUACAUCGGCUACCUAAUGGAUGUCCUGGCAAAGGACGAGGAACCUGGGGACACAGAGGGGUUCAAAGCCGAGCUCAAGAAAAUGGACAGUAGAGACUGCAAACGGAAAAGAGAAGCUCAAAAUGAAGUUUGGAGUGCUGCACCCCAAGGAGAGAAGAAAAUAAAGGGAAGGACAGGGUGGCCACAACAGGUCUGGGCCUUAGAACUAAACCCUUAAGAAAGCCAUUAUUAGGACCCUCAAUGCACUGUAUCCAUAGCCUACAAACCGGAGAUUAAAAGGAAUAUAUGUGAUGAGCACUCUUCUUGGGGCUAGGGGAAGAGAACAUUCAUCUGUAUUUAUGUGCAAUUGAAGAAAAAAAAAAUAUAUCUAUAUAUAUUGUGGACAAUAAAAAAUGACUUUAAAGGAUUUUGUGAAGACAGGAUUGUGCACAAAUGAUUGCCAUGUGUUUUGGUGAGAAGACUGCAAGUUAUAAACUGCCCUCAACAGAUUUAGACUUGGAGGGGCUAAAAAGUGUAUAUAAAAUAUAUAUAAAGUUGGACCAUUAGAGAUUUGUUACAUUGACUCAGGGAUUUUGUUUUCUUUUCUUUUUCAUCUUUAAUUUAAUUUUUAGUUCAAGUUUUUUUUAAGGCAAAACAGCUUUUUAUUUUUAUUUUUUUGCUUGAACACUUUCAUUCUUUAAGGUCUCCUCAAAUAUUGGAUAUUUUCUAUGGCACAAAAAGUGUUACACUGAAGAUAAUUGAUAUAAAAUAUUAUGAAUUAAAUAUGUCACAAUUAUUAUUUUCAUCUGACAAUUCUACACUGACUAUUUUUCUGUGUGAUUAGACAAUAUACAUUUUUUAGGAAUUCAUAUUUUGAAAUAUACCGAAUUGUUUUUUUUUUUAUUACUGCUCACUUCUGAAUCAUAUUUUGCUCCCUGCAAUCUUUAAAUCUCAUCUUGAUGGUUCUGCUCCAGGCACAUAAAAUGAUGUGUAAAUUAAAAGCAGAGUGUUGAUAAUUUUUAGGUGUGCUGAUUUCCUGUCAUGGGGGCAGCCCCUUCCAUAAAUUGUUCCCUGUCUGGUUGUCUGUAAUGAGAGGACUUCUAUUUUGUUUGUUUUUUAUCCAAGUCAUCUUUUUUUUUUCUUUUGUACAUAAUAAAAAAAAAUAUUUUUCAAUAAUCAGUGCAGUAACUACCUAUAUGUGUGCCCUAACUGUAAACUAUAUUUGCUACCUCAUGUUUUCAUCAC